UAAUAAUAAUAAUGCCAUGUUUCUAUCAGACCCAGAAAUCCCGCAGAGUGAGCUGGAAUUCUGUUUCUCUGUUUCCCCUCCAUACCCACUGGCUCCUCUCUGCCCACUCCCUCUUGGACUGCAUCACCAGGGUGCCUCACUGUCUGGCCCUAGUGGAAUUCAAACAGUGGAGGAUGUCAUAGGAGGUGGGAGAGAGAGAGGAGAGGUGGUUAUUCGCUCAGAUUCUUCCUUGCUGGUUUGGCAGUGGCCACAUCUUUCUACUGAUGGCUGCAGCUCCUGAUAAUCCUCCUCUACCGCCACAGCUCUCUUUGGGAUCUGUGGACACCUUUCCUGUCCCUCUAGACCCAGGGAGAUAACAGCUCCCACUCUUGCUGGUCCAGGACAUUCCUCAUCUCUUACUGGUUCCCUUAAAUCUGUCCACACUUCUGUGAACAGCCCCUUUCCUCAAAUACCCAUUCCAAUAUGUCCUCUGGCUUCCACCAGGAGCCUGACUGAUACCCACAGGUGGGUGAAUGCUGGCGUGCUGCUGGGCCCCUCUUCCUCUGGUGACUGGCCAGCCAAGUCUCCAGGAGUCUCGUUAGGGUGGGCAGGUGGUGGGCACAGCACAAACUGUGAGCUCAAAUCCACAGAGCAAAAGUGGGAGAAGACACUGGCAGGAUGGACUGCCACAAAACUCUUGGCAUUCGUGACGUCUGUCCUUUAAAUCACGCAAGGCAUCAUCAUGCUUCAGACAUGAGACAGCCUAAGUAUUUAAGUAUUUCAAAUAAACAAAUUGUUUUUCAGAAUUGGUCAUUGCUAAGUUGGCAAAUUGCUAUUGGAAACGUUGGCUGUCCUUGACUCAAUGAUUCAGCCAGCUAGUCCCUUGCCAAACUAGUUUGUUGGGCAAAUUCCACCUUGAGAAUUUAUCUGCUCCUGUCAAAGCCAGAUUCUCCCUGCCUGAGGGGAGGCUGGACUUGACCUUCUGACUCAGGAUAUGCUGACUUGGGUCCCUAGGUCCAAGGGCGGCCCUCUUGGGCCCACUGUGGGCUGGACCUCUUCCAUGAUGGGGUGGUGGAGGGCAGGCCCCACCUGAUUCACACUUGACCUCAUCCAGGCAGGUGAAGUUCCCUGCAGGAGUCACCUGAGCCCAGCCCCUCAGACCAGGAUCCAUCCUGUUUAGGAGGAUUUGGGGCUAUCUCAUGUUCUUUGGCUAGAAAGGGGUCCCACUCUUAGGGGUCUGCCGUCUGUGGGGCACAGAUGGCUUGCUGGGGCCCAUGGACUGGGCUGGGUGGACGGGAAUCUGGUCACAGCAGCAGCGGCUGGAAGGCCAAGAGGGAGGGCACCAGGGUCUGGGACCCAUGUCUGGUCCUGGGCCUCCCCGGGCCUCUUGCCUUCUCCCCAGCAGGCAUUUGGGAUCUGUGUCUAGACCCAACCUUGCCCAGAAGGCCAUGGUGUGUUGUCAUUAGAAUCACAGUGCUCACACCAAGGCAGUGCAUUAAAUUAGCAGGGCAGGGUCUCAUGGGCAGGGGACCAUGUGGAGGGGGUGGGGGGAAGGACAGUUGUCCCCAGAGGCUGCGGUGGGCCUGGCUCUGGUCUGGGCAGUGGGCCAGGGUCCUGCUGUGUGGCUGAGCUCUGACAACAGGCUGUCUGGGUCUGGUGAGCUCCUGAAAGCGGGGACUGGUGGAGAGUACCCUAGGGUGGGAGCUCAUGAGGAGGGGGUCUGUGGGGUCUGGAAGCCAUUCUAGAGCAGGCAGAUGACAUUUAUCAGCGGAACAGGCAUGGAAAGGACCCUUGUGUGAGUGGAGGACACACAGCCUCAGAAGAAACAGGGAAGGGGCUUUGACAGGUCCAGGGAGAAUCCCUGAGGUUUCCUAGAACAAUUCCCACCAGCCAUGUCCCAGGUGUCCCCCCAUCCCCCAGGCCUCUGCAGUGCCAGCCCAAUGCCCUGGGCAAAACAUCCUGGACUCUGGCUGUUACAAAAGGAGGACAGGGUCAUCUGGACCCGCCUGAGCUCCAGGCCCCCGACUUUCACAGCCCCUUCUGGGUCCAGAAGUUCAUACGUAUAUAAAUGAAAAAUGUGCAAGAAUCAUAUUAUUGUAUUCUUUUUCAUAAAGAGGGCCCCUCUAAAUUGUUUAAGCCCCAAUUCACCCCUGCCCAAAGGAGAUAGCAAUGGCAUGUGUGGGGCCGUAGUCUUGAGACCCAGAGGUCCUGCUGCCCACAAUACCCACUGUCCACCCUAGGGGGACUGGCCGUAGCCCUGGAGCCCACAAACACCAUGCAGGAAUGCAAGAGGGUCUCAGCUCCCAAGUCCCAGGCUGGGAGGGCCCACAGUCCAGUAAACUAAUCAGGCCCCAACACACCCAGGAGAGCAGCUCCAGGAGCCUGCAUUGAAGAGAGAGCCUCAGACCCCUGCCACAGGCCUGCACCCCAGAAGUAGGAGGAUGGGAAGAGCUCUCCUUGGCUCCUGGCCAGCGGAAGUCACAUUCCCCAGCCCUCUGGCUCCAAGGCAGCCUCACGUCCCAGUCACUCCUUGGCCCACCCUACCGGUUGGUCAGAGCUCACUGCCAAAGGGCACCUCAGUGAUGAGUGGAGGGAACAGGUGUUUACCAGGAGCUUGCAUGCUUUGUCUCAGGGACGAUUAGUGACACAGCCAGGAAGGCACGCUAUCCCCAUUUUACAGAUGAGGAAACGGAGGCUCAGGUUGGGCUGGUGACUAAGGGAAGCAGCAUGUGGCAGGUGGCUUGAGGCAUGUCUGUCCAUCAUGAGUAACUAGGGAGCAGCCCUGCCACUCCUCAUGCGAUGCACCAGGAGCCAGGGAAGCUGCUUUCUAGGGGAUUCUAGCUAAGGCCAGAAGCAUCUCCCUGAGUGGUGGUGGAGGCCUCUGUCUACUCCUCCAGGACUGCCAGGGGAUAGGAGGGCACUGCUGGCCUCACAGACACUCUUGGGUGAGUGAGCAUCAGCUGAGCGAAGCCAGGUGACUACACUUCUGCCCAGUGCUGUGCCCCCCUCUGACUCGGGCAAGGCACCACCCUGAACGCCCCACCCUGUCCCAUGGAGGCCGCAAACUGCUCUGCAGAGCCAGGGUCUCCAGGAAUGGGGAGGGCAGUCACCCUCACUCCACUUGUGUUCAUGACCCAAAGGACUGCCCAGGUCUCCAGGCCCAUAGAACCCCUAAACCUCUUACUAGGCCACACUGGGGACCUUGAGCAGCAGGCUUGGAAUCCUAGGCCUUGUCUCCAGGUACAUAUCAGUACCCAGGCUUGGGAAGUUUUGGUCUCAGGGGGGCUGGCACUCAGGCCCUCUGCCUCAAGGAAGAGGCAUGUCCAGAUCUCUCCUGUCCAGCCCUGCUCCCUGCCCCUAUCCUUCACGGGGUCCCUAGGACAGGGUAACAGAAGCCUCAGGCUGUCAGGGGAUGCUGCCACCCCAGUGCCAGGGUGGCUCCGCCCAGCCCCUUCCUGCUGCCGCCCUUGCUGACUCACCUGUCCAGCCUCCUACUGGGCUGGGGCGAGGGCUUGUUGUCCCAGAGCCUAGACAGGCACCAGAGGCAGCUAUAAAAGCAUGUUGGGCCAGUCCUCAGCAUCCUAGUUCACCACUGUCUGCUGCCACACGAUGCUGGGAGGCCUGGGGAAGCUGGCUGCCGAGGGCCUGGCCCACCGCACCGAGAAGGCCACCGAGGGAGCCAUUCAUGCCGUGGAGGAAGUGGUGAAGGAGGUGGUGGGACAUGCCAAGGAGACCGGAGAGAAAGCCAUUGCUGAAGCCAUAAAGAAAGCCCAAGAGUCAGGGGACAAAAAGAUGAAGGAAAUCACUGAGACAGUGACCAACACAGUCACAAAUGCCAUCACCCAUGCAGCAGAGAGUCUGGACAAACUUGGACAGUGAGUGCACCUGCUACCACGGCCCUUCCCCAGUCUCAAUAAAAAGCCAUGACAUGUG